AUCUGUUUCCGCUCCACAUCAAAACCAGUGACAAACAAAGCUAUUCCUUCUACUAAGUUCCAACUUCCAAUUUCAAUCAAAACCAACGCAUUCAACACAACCAUGUCUCUGAUUCCAAGCUUCUUCGGCGGUCGACGGAGCAACGUCUUCGACCCUUUCUCCCUAGACACAUGGGACCCGUUCGAAGGAUUGCCCCUCUCCAAUUCCAACCUCCCUUCCUCUGCUCGCGAAACCACCGCCAUAGCCAACACCCGCGUGGACUGGAAGGAGACCCCGGAGGCGCACGUGUUCAGCGUCGACCUUCCGGGGCUGAAGAAGGAGGAAGUGAAGGUGGAGGUUGAGGACGGGAAGGUGCUGCAGAUAAGCGGGGAGAGAAGCAAGGAGCAGGAGCAGAAGGAUGAUAAGUGGCACCGCAUUGAGCGGAGCUCCGGGAAGUUCAUGAGGAGGUUCCGGCUCCCGGAGAAUGCUAAGAUGGAGCAGGUUAAGGCUGCUAUGGAGAAUGGGGUGCUCACUGUUACUGUUCCUAAGGAGGAGGAGAAGAAGCCUGAGGUUAAGUCUAUUCAGAUUUCUGGUUAAAUCUGUGUCUCUGGAACGAGUGUGAGGUCAAUGUUGUUGUAAUAGUGAACUGUCGUAUCUUGUGUUUGUUAAUGUUGUGUCUAUGUAUGGGUUUUAUGUAAGGCUUUGAUCUUGAGGUGAAUGUAGAAGUUUGAUAUGUAUCAAUAAAGAGUUAUUUCAUAAACCAAUUAAGAAGCAUGUGAUCCUUUAUCUUUA